GUAGAGAUAUGAACGUUCAGGUUCUUGGUUGAUGCAACUGCUCGCACAUCUCCUGCGGGGUUUGUCCGUACACGUGUUUUCUGUGCCUGCAAAUUAAACCAUACUGGGGACGGUUUGAGCAAUCCGCUGCUUUUAACUUAAAUGCCGGCUAUGGUGCACAAGAAAGAGUGACCCUUUUCGAUUACUCAGAAUUACUCAGAGAGACGAUAUCUUGUAAAUACUCUCAGACAGAAAUCCAAUAUCUGAGAUCCAGCACUGCCUGGUGAGUGCAGGGGAUGUCGGCUGUGGUGUGUUUGAGUGCUUUGAGAAUAACUCCUGCGAGAUACGAGGGCUACAGGAAAUCUGCAUGACGUUCCUGCACAACGCUGGCAAAUUUGACUCUCAGGGGAAGUCCUUCAUCAAGGAUGCUCUGAAAUGUAUGGCGCAUGGGCUACGGCACAAGUUCAGCUGUAUCAGCAGGAAGUGUGUGUCCAUUAAAGAGAUGGUGUUUCAGCUCCAGAGAGAGUGCUAUAUCAAACACAACCUGUGCUCUGCUGCUAAGGAGAAUGUGGCCGUCAUGGUGGAGAUGAUCCAUUUCCAAGAUCUCUUCCCUAAAGGACCUAGAUGUUUUGUGCUUCCAAACAUGAAGUCACAAGCUUCAUGUGAGUUCUCUGCCCUCUCUCUGCCCAGCCCAUAUGUGGAGCUGGUGAAUAUUCUUCUGAGCUGCGGAGAGGAGGUGAAGGAGGCGUUGACACGGAGCGUCCGGCUACAGUGCGAGCAGAACUGGGGGGCUCUGUGCGACAGCCUGAGCCUAUGCUCCUCCCUCGCCCCGUCUCCCGCCGGCUCCGCCGCCGAACACCACCGCCGCCCCUUGCCCUCCCACCCUGAACCGGAGCACCCUCGCCCUCCGCGGCAAGGUGACAAGGACAAACCCGCUAAGGCUGGCUUCAACGCUCACCCACGCAAUCGCAGUCAGGGACCCCGCCGCCAGAGUCCAGAGGCCGGAGUCGUGGCUGAGCAGGAAGACCCCGAGGCCACCGACAUCCGGAGGUGAAAGCGCAGGAGACUGCCCCGACCUUUGACCCCCCUACAACGUUUAAAAACCACACUUGCAGACUUAUGCACACCUCCACACAACAACAUCCACUCACCCCCCACACACACACACACACACACACA